AUGCGUCGCAUCAACGAGGCGGCGGGCCGCGCUGGCGCCGCCAUCCGAGAUCUGCAGCCUCGACGCGGCGACAGCCCGUUUGCCGCGAGCCGGCCGAGCCCGACCCGGCGGCACUCCGUGGGGAGCCAGCGGCACUCGGGCUACUCGGCCUCCAAGGAAGGCAAGGAGAGCCCGACGAGCUCGCGCCCGUCCAAGCCGACGCUCUCCUACCACGGCCCGUUUGCCGCCGAGCUGCUGCCCGCCGCGUCGGCUGCGGCGAGAGCGGCGUACGAGGCGACGUUGUCGAUGACGAACGAUGAGCUGCAGCAGCUUGCGGAGCUGGUGGCGGCGGCGCACUGUGACCGUUCCACGUACCUCUCGACGGAGGCUUGGCAGUUUGGCACAACGGCGUACGCCAUACCGGGGAAUGAGGUGUGCGCAGACUGCGGGUCGUCCGAGCCGCCCACAUGGGCUGCGAUGGUGGGGGAGGCCGACGCGGUGCUGGUCUGCAAUGAGUGCUGCGGCGGCCACCGCGCCCUCGGCGUCCACCUCUCGGCGCCUCUCUCCCUCAAGAUGGACCGGUGGAGCGACGAGAAGCGCCAACGCCUUCUUUCCUCGGGCAACCGCGCCGUCAAUGCGACGCUGGAGGCGCACGCGGCGGCGGCGCAGUGCAAGCCGAGCUCGGAGGCCGACGUGUCCGCGAAGCACGUCUUUGUGCGCUCCAAGUACGAGCGCCGCGCCUUCGCCGCCGAAGGCGAUGGCGAGCUGCUGCCGUCGACGCCUCCCGGCAGGCGGUGCGCGGGCGGGGCACCGCAGCAGGUGCACGCGGGCAUCCUCAUCGUGCGGCUGAUCCGCGCGCAUGACCUGAUCGCGGCGGACUUCACCGGCAAGAGCGACCCGUACGUCAAGGCCACUUGCGGAAAGGCGAAGAGCAAGACGAGGGUGAUCCGGCGCACGCUCUCGCCCGAGUGGAAUGAGGUGCUCCGGCUCAACGUCGAGGACGUGCGCGACGUGCUCAUGCUGCAGGUGAAGGACAGCGACACGAUCGGCAGCAGCCCUCUCGGCGACUGCAGCCUCAACCUCGCCGAGCUCCGGCCCAACCACGGGACAGAGCUGUCGCUCGAGCUGCAGAACGUCCGGUCGGGCCGCCUCGUGGCGGAGGUGACGUGGUGCCCCCUCGACGGCUAG